AUGUGGGUGCUUCAAUGCUGUGUGUGUGUGCUUGAGCUAUGCUGUGCCAUGUGCUGUCGGGUUCUGACUGUGUACUCCUGGGCUGGGCUGGGUCUCUGGGAGUCUCAUUCCCCCUGCAGGCUGGCCCCAUUGGACGAAUUCAGGGGAGGGCCCUGACUGGCAGCCGCCCCCAAAUAAAGGCUCAGCCGGAGCCCUGCCCCUCAUAUCACUCACUCCGACUCUUCCCGCUGCUGCUACCGCCGCCAGCGCUGCCACUGAGGACAUCCAGGUCUGGCCUCUGGGAGCCAGCGAGCGACCACUCCCACCCCUCCCCGCCGGGCGGUGGCCCAGUCAUGUCAAGCCUUCCCCGAAGCCUCUUUCUGGGGCUCUGUGUCUUGGUCCUUUUGAAAACUGCUGUGUUCCAGAACACCAAAGAUUCUCAAUGUCCUCGUGGUGGGUGUUCCCAAAAUGCCAUUUGUAUCAACAAGACCCACUGUGCCUGUAAGGAUGGAUUUGUUACUACGAGUGGGGAGAAAUACUUCAGUGACUUUCUGGAGAUCUGUGACGAUGUUAAUGAAUGUGUACCACCCACUAAAAUCUUUUGUGGUAUGAAUGCAGACUGUGUUAAUACAUAUGGAAGCUACCGCUGCACCUGCAUCCCUGGAUAUGCACUUCCUUCUGGGGAGAAAAACUUCCCAAAUGCUUCUAUGAACAACUGUCAAGAUAUUAACGAAUGUGCCUUGUCCAAUGACACUUGUGGUCAGAAUGCAGAGUGUGUUAAUGAAAACAAAGGUUACCACUGCACCUGCACAGACGGAUAUGCACUUCCUUCUGGGAAGAAGAAGUUCUCAGAUGUUACCAAGAACAACUGUCAAGAUGUGGAUGAAUGUCAGCGCAAUAGCUCUCUCUGUGCCCCCCAUGGAGUCUGCAAAAAUACACUUGGAAGCUAUGUAUGCACAUGCAAGCCAGGAUUUGCCAAACGAAACGGGGAUCACUUAAUAGAAUGCGUAGAUAAAAAUGAAUGUCAGGACAAAUCUCUCUGUGAGCCAAACGGAUUCUGUGAGAAUACUGUCGGAAGCUAUGUGUGCAAAUGCAAACCGGGCUUUGCCCAAAGCCGCGAGAACCGGUCUGAGUGUGUAGAGAUCGGCAUCCCUUCCUGGUCUCCACCCCGUGAAGUCCGACAGAACUUCCUCAACCAUCUGAGCUCUAUGCCCAGCAAAUUCAAAGCUGCCUCUGCCCAAAAAUCCAUUGAGAAUUUUGUGCAGGAUAUGGAGCAACUUCUGAAGAUAUCCCAGGACAUGGAGAAUCUGCCUGUAGAGAUUCGGCUUCAAGUGGCCACAUACGUGUUCUCUAUCACUGAACAAAUCCUUCGAGACCUCGUCCAGGCCAUGCCCAAUGGAGGCGCAGUCUUCCAUACUAUGAACGGCACAGAACUGUCCCUGAACAUUACGGACAAACCGAUGGGGAACGUUGAGAUAGGCAGGAGCCAUACCAAGAUGAUGCUGGACUGGAAUUUGGCUUUGAAGCGCGGUGGCUCAGAACCAGCUGUUGUGGGCCUGUUCUCCAGUGAUAAUAUGGGGAAACUGCUGGCCCAAGCCCCGCUUGUCUUGGACCCUGAGAAGCAGGCUCACCUGCAGGAAGUAAAUGAAGGCCCAGUAAAAGGGGGCAUUCCAGUUCUGCUCUCUGCUGUCAGCACGGCCUUCCUGAGCAACAAGGACACCGCAUAUCUCGACCCCCCUGUCUCUUUUGCCUUCGCCCACCCAAAAAAGCCUAGCCUUGAGCCCAGGCAGGAAGUGAUCUGUGCCUUCUGGCAACAUGACAAUAAUGGGAGUGGUCACUGGGCAACUACUGGCUGCCGGAGGGUGGGGACCAACGAGACCAGCACCACCUGCCGCUGCAGCCACCUCAGCAGCUUCGCCAUCCUCGUGGCCCACUAUGAGGUGGAGGACUGGACGCUGUCGGUGAUCACCCAGGUGGGGCUGAGCGUGUCCCUGGUCUGCCUCCUGCUCUGCAUCCUCACCUUCCUGCUGUGCCGCUCCAUCCAAGGCUCCCGCACCACCAUCCACCUGCACCUGUGCCUCUGCCUCUUCGUCGGUUCCGCCGUCUUCCUGGCUGGCAGCGCCAACCCCGGCGGAGGACAGGUGGGGCUGCGCUGCCGCCUAGUGGCCGGCCUGCUGCACUACUGCUUCCUGGCCGCCUUCUGCUGGAUGUGCCUCGAGGGCCUGGAGCUCUACUUCCUCGUGGUGCGCGUGUUCCCGGGGCCCGGCCUCCGCACGCGCUGGCUCUGCCUGCUCGGCUACGGGACGCCCGCCCUCAUCGUGGCCAUCUCGGCCGCAGUCUACAGCCAGGGCUACGGCCGGCCGCGCUACUGUUGGCUGAGCCUGAAAAAUGGCUUCAUCUGGAGCUUCCUAGGACCCAUUACGCUCAUCAUUGCAUUCAAUGCCUUCAUCUUUGUGGUCACUGUCUGGAAACUCACCCAGAAGUUCUCAGAGAUCAACCCUGACAUGAAAAAGUUAAAGAAAGCUAGGAUGCUGACCUUCACAGCCAUCGCUCAACUCUGCAUCCUGGGCUGUACCUGGAUUUUUGGUCUGUUCCUAUUUGGCCCUCAGAGUCAGGUCCUGGUCUACAUUUUCACCAUCCUCAACUGCUUCCAAGGCUGCUUCCUCUUUCUGCUGCAUUGUCUUCUCAACAAGAAGGUUCGAGAAGAAUACCAGCGCUGGGCCUGCAUCGUCACCAAGAGCAAGUACAACGAGUUUUCCACCUCUACAACGAGCCAGAGCCGGGGCCUCAGACCCUCGCUGGAGUCUGGGAUGUGAUCGGCACCAACGAGCCCCACGGGGACACAGCAGCUUUUGCACAUGCCAAAGAACGAUUCUGCCACCUCUUCUCUAGCCUCUUGCCUACUACUCCUCGGGAGGCCAUCUUCCUUUGAAGGCAGGCCUCAUUCAAGGGACACCCAGCUCUAGGAAUACAGAGCCAGGCCUCAAGGGAAUCAAAACGUAGCCCCUGCUAUCCUGAGGAAGGGUGGAAACUGCCCCGGCUUAGAAACAAGCAGCUGGUGAUACCCUCCCCCACCAGAGCCAGCCCCCUGGGGAGGGUGCUCUCUGGGCCAGGCCUGGGCCUCUGUUCCCUCCCCCAGCUUUGGCACCAAAGGCCAGGAUCACAGAAGAUGAGAUGGAACUGGGCCCCAUUUCCUUUUUCUCACAUUAUUAGGGAAAGAGUGUGACAUCAGUGACUGAGGCAAACGGUACAAAGGGGCUCGUCCCCAUCCCUAUCUACUAAUAGGGAGUGGGGGGGCACAGGCAGCUCUGUCAGUGGACUUUUAAAAUUUUGUUUAUAUUUAUCUUUUUUUUUUUUUUAAGCUUUCUAAGGUUGAUAUUUCAGAUUAAACAGGUUGAGUUGAUGCAUGAGUUAAUAAUGUUAAUUCUCAACAUACCCACAAAGAGGAUUCUAAACCCUCAUAUGCUUCUCUCUUCCCUUCUAAAAAUAAUUUUUUCCUAAAAAGGAAAAAGAUGUGAGAUUUUUGUAAUAAAAGUUUAUUCUUACACAAA